GGAGAAUAACACGAGCCAUUAUCAAAGCAAGAGAAAAAGAAGAAAUAAUUACUACUAAACAGCUUGCUACUGUUGUUUCAAACGCAGUCGGAUUUGGUCGCAAGGACAAACUAAAUCGUUUYGCCCAUCCUGCCACAAAAACGUUUCAAGCAUUACGUAUUUUAGUUAACGAUGAACUCAAUGAACUUCAAAAGGCUUUAAAAGCUGCCCAAAAGCUUCUAGUUCCCGGAGGAAGACUGGUUGUGAUUUCGUUUCACUCUGUUGAGGAYAUCAUUGUAAAGCAUUUCCUUAAAGAUCCUCCUGUYGAGUCUAUMUCAAGGCGUAAGGCUCAGUUGUCUCCUAAGAACUCUGCAUGGUUACCUUUAAACAAGAAAGUAGUUUGCCCAUCAGAUCAAGAACUUCUUUGUAACCCACGAUGUAGGUCAGCAAAACUACGCGCAGCCGUCAAAACCAAUAAYACAGUCCUUAGUUUAAAUCAGUUGACGCAUAUUCUAGAUGAAGUAGCAAAAGGAACUGUUAAGGAGGGACCUACUCAUUAAGUAUUGUCAUGUUAGUAUAUUUACUUAUACGAGUUGAGUGAAUAAUAUCUACAGCUCUACAACACCGAUUUUGAAUCAUCAGUUUGCUUGUCCGU